AUGGAAUUUAAUUCGAAACAUCGAAAAUUAUCAAAAAAUAAAAAUUCUGUUCGUACUCCUUCAUCCUCGAAACCCAGAUUAACCAAAAAGAAGAUUGUUACGCGAAAACGGAAAUGCGUGUGCCUCCCUGAAAAUUAUUCAGUUGUUGAGUUUCCUACAAUAUGGAAUGAGCUGAGACAGAACGGCCAGCUGUGCGAUGGCACUAUCGUCUGCAGGGAUAUGAAAACGAUCCGAGUGCACCGGGCGAUACUUUCAGCCGUUAGUCCGUAUUUCAAAGCCAUAUUUAUUAAUUCGUUGAAGAAAGGAGAGCCAGAGGAAACGGAGAUUUUCGUCGAUGUCCCCAGCUACUACAUGACCUUGAUUCUCGAUUAUGCUUACACAGGGACAUGCACAGUAACUGCAGAAAACGUUGAAUAUCUUUUACCAUAUGCGGAUCAAUUUGAUGUUGUUGGUGUGAUUCAGCUAUGCUGUCAGUUCCUUUUGCACGAGCUGAGGCCGCAUAACUGUCUUGGAAUAUUCAAAUUCGCAAGAUAUUAUUUCUGUAGUGAGCUAGAAAAAAAAGGAAAGUUGUAUAUAAGACAGAAUUUUAGCAGAAUACUUAAGGAAUGUAUUGAAUUUAAAUCGCUUUCAUAUGAUGAAUUAGAAGAUAUUCUGAGAGAUGAUGAACUGAACGUUCGAAACGAAGAAAUAGUAUUCCAAGCAGUUAAAACAUGGGUGGAACAUGACAUAGAAAACAGAAGGAAAUGUAUUCCACCGUUACUUUUGUGCGUACGGUUCGGUCACAUCAGCUAUAAAUAUUUCAAAUCGAAAAUAUUGCAAUGGCAACCGGUUGCCGAGGACGAGAAAUGUCAAGAAGCUUUGUAUCCAGCCGUGGUAUUCCUCACAUUGUUGGAUUCGAGGCCGGGUACAGAAGCAGAUCUCAACGAUCCAUUAGCAAGGCCUCGAAUACCUUUUGAGAUACUUUUUGCAGUUGGUGGCUGGAGCGCUGGCAGCCCCACCAGUUUCGUUGAAACUUAUGAUACAAGGGCGGACCGAUGGUUCCUUUCGAUCCACAUGGAUCUAACGCCACGCGCGUACCACGGUCUCUGCACGUUGAACAACUUGAUCUACAUGAUCGGCGGCUUCGACGGCAGCGACCAUUUCAACACAGUCCGGUGUUACGACCCGGUGGCAAACACUUGGCAUGAACGGGCUUGUAUGUACCAGGCGAGGUGCUACGUCAGCGUUGUUGCUCACGACGGUCUAAUCUACGCGUUGGGUGGUUACAACGGUCGCACGCGCAUGUCAUCGGUGGAGCGCUACUAUCCCGACAAGAAUCAGUGGGAGAUGACCACGCCGAUGAACAAACAGCGCUCAGAUGCCAGCGCCGCGUCGCUUGGUGGAAAGAUAUACAUCGUGGGCGGUUUCAACGGCCAAGAAGUCCUCAGUUCUGCCGAGGUGUUUGACCCUGACACAAAACAGUGGAGCUUCAUCAGAUCCAUGCUCAGUCCGCGCUCCGGAGUUAGCCUCAUUGCUUACAGAGACUGCCUCUACGCGCUUGGCGGGUUCAAUGGAUAUAGUCGGUUAAAUACCGGCGAGAGAUUCAACCCACAGCGCGGAGGAGACUGGCAAGAGGUGACAGAAAUGUUUAGCGCAAGAAGCAAUUUUGCCACGGUGUUACUUGAUGACAUGAUUUUCGUUAUCGGAGGAUUUAAUGGGUCAACUACAAUUCCACACGUGGAGUGCUACGACGGCGACACGAUGGAAUGGUACGACGCUGCGCCCAUGAACCUGAACCGGUCAGCGCUCAGUGCCUGUGUUCUAGCCGGCCUGCCCAACGCGCGCUCCUUCUCCUACCUCGCCAAGGCCGUGCCCGCCGCCGGCGCAGACCAGGCCCACCACUCCUGACCAAAGCCCACCAGAACCAACCACACAAAUACACCCUACACAAGAUGCAGCUGUUCCCCAUCAAUCCUUCGCUUGGCAAAAUCAACUAAAACACCAACGAACAUCAAGAUAUUUUCUGAUACAUUUUCAAGUACCAACAAGGCCGAUUUUUGCACUAACGGCGGCCAUUGCGUGCUUUUGUGAUUGAUACGUAUUAUCUCUGUGAUAUUUUCAUUGUACAUAGAGUUUUGUGAUUCUAUUUUAUGUAUCGUAAAUCAUGGUGGUAUGCCCUUAUUUUAUUGUACAGAUCAUGUCCGAAAGUAUUUUGUAUUUUAUUGUUUUAUGUAAGUACGUGGGCGUGUGCCUAACGUGAUUGAAGGGAAUGCGAGUCCCUAAAAUAAUAUUGGUAUUUUAGAUAUUGUUUUAAAGCGAGGGAUUUGUUGUAAAUUUUCAAGUUUUUUAUAGUGUAGUUUGUGAAAAUUUUAUUUUCGUAUAUUUGUGUACAGUUCGCGUCCGUGGGAAAUCAGAGUGGUCGCGUUUUGGAUGUGUGUACGAUAUUGCGGUGGGCGCAACCUUCGCGAUAUUGUUGUAUCUGUGAUAUUUUUCACUUAGUACUUGAGAAAAUUCAAAAAAAUGUAAAAUUGUUAAUUUUUUUAAUUUACUGAAAAAUUUACUGUACCAGACUGAAAGAUA